AUGAGCGAUCAAACUAGACAAUUCUCGGAGAAAGAACAGGAGAGCGCACAACCUCGCAAGGAGGAAGCAGUGCGUUCAUCGUCACCGGAGCAAGCAUCGCGAACACCUCCUGCGCCUACCGGGUUUCGUUUCGUCGUACCUACCACUGCCACUGCUACUGGUGGUGAUGCUGGUCAAGGUAGUGAUCGUGAAGCGAAUCAGAGCGCUGCACCGGUGAAAGCUCCCCAGGUCGUUUUUGGCGGUGUCACCGAAAGCGUCGACCAGGACGUUGGUGCCGCUGAUGACGACGGUGCAGCGGAGACGCUCGGCGAGGAGGACGCCUCGACUGCCGACUGGAAGCCCCUGGUGCAGCUUGACUUGGUUCAGAUUAAGAGCGGCGAAGAGGACGAGGAUGUCGUAGCAAAGUAUCGAGCAAAGUUGUACCGCUUUGAUAAGAGCAUGCGAGAGUGGAAGGAGCGCGGCACCGGCGAGAUCAAGUUUCUCAAGCACCGGGUCAGUGGACGCAUCCGCCUGCUGAUGCGACGCCAACAGACGCUGAAGAUUUGCGCCAACCACUACCUUUUACCAGAAAUGCGACUGGAAGAGAAUAUGGGCUCAGAUCGAUCCUGGGUAUGGACGGCCGUCGACUACGCGGACGAGGAACGCGACGAGGCGGUUCUAGCGAUUCGCUUUAAGGACUCGGAAACGGCAAAGCGGUUCUACGAUACCUUCGAGGAGCUUCGCAAAGAGAUGCAAAGUUUGCUUGUAUCCGGCAAGUCGGCGACAGAACAAUCGCGCCAAGGUGAGCAGACGGCAAUCUGA